AUCGAUGCAUGACGUCAUGUCAGUGAGAAUAGCGGGUCAGAGGUGUGACGUAACGAGGAGGCGGGUCCCGCCCACGUGACACCGCUGCAGCGCAGCUCGUGCGACUGUCUGGAACUGAACCGAAUCACCGGUCAACACCGCUCCGUUUACCGGCCAGCGCGAUCUUCCGCCUCCCGUGACGCGUUCCAGCAGCGGCAGCAUCAUGUCGGCGGUGCAGCGGAUGAAAGUAGCGAACGAGAAACACAGCAAGACGAUCACACAGAGAGGACAUGUGCAGAAAACCACGCGUGUGGUGAACGAGGAGAAGUCUCCGGUGGGUCCGUGGCUCCUCGCGCUCUUUGUGUUCGUGGUCUGUGGAUCAGCCAUCUUCCAGAUCAUCCAGAGCAUCAGACAGGGCAUGUGAGCCGUCCGUCCGUCUGCAGACGCUGAUCGCUGCUUCUGUUCAUCUCUCAGUGGUUUACAGCCGAUUUUAACUCGUGUGUGUGUGUGUGUGUGUGUGUGUGUUCUUGAAUCCCUCACAGUUCCUGUAGUUUGUGAUUGGCUGUUCUUCCUCAGGUGGUUUUAUCCGCUGUCAUCACACACAAUGCUCUGAUUUGAUCUUAUUUCCGCUGAUGUGUGUGUGAAUCAGACAUUCUGUACAUCUGUCUCUCUUCCACCCUCUGACAGGAAAUAAAUGCUGUGUAAUAAUGAUUUUAUACAAAUAAAAGGUAUUUUCUCUA